GAAGUAGGCCACCACCCACACCACUCCCCCUUCCCUCUAGUCACAGUCAGACACGAACAGACUGGUUGAGUGGCAACACACUACGAGAGGGGGAACAAAUCUGUGGAAUUGGAAUGAGCUGUUUAAGGGAGCCCUAGCUUGCCUCCCUCUGAGCCUAGGAAGUGUGAAACGUGAGACAAGCUGCACCUAUUCUCUGUGAGUAGUUCUGAAAGCACAAGGGGGAAAUACCAUAUCUAGAACAUUGACUCCCUUCAAACACCUGGAGCUGUGACUGUCCUGAGGAGAAAUCUCCCCUCACACGUACUUGCCAACGGACCGUGGAGGUGUGAGAAGAGCCGUGGCGAUAAGCAGCUGACGUGAAACAGACAAAGAACAAGGAAGAAGAGAGUAAAAAGAGAGAGAGGGGUAGGAGAAGAAAAUGGAGGCCUUGCUUCCUGUGUUGCAGCGGCACCCUGGACUGUCUGUGUUGGUGUGCGCUCUGAUGUUCCGGGUGGCCCACCGACUACUACAGAACCUGCCUGUUCCCAAAGUGGUGGCGGUGGAUGACUUCCGCUCCUGGAAGUGGAGGAACCUCUCGGUCUCUAUGGUCCACUCCCUCCUGACAGGGACUUGGGCUGUGACCUGUGUAUUCAUCUGGCCUGAGAUGGCAACCAACAUUCACUCCUUCUACACGGCCCCAGCCUACAUACUCAUCUGCAUCUCAUCAGGAUACUUUGUUCAGGAUGCAGGUGACAUCAUCCUAACUGGACACGCAAGAGGAUCCUGGGAGUUCUUAAUUCAUCAUGUCCUGGUGCUCUGGUGCUUCCUGUAUUCUCUGUACUCGCACCUCUACGUGGCCGGUGCUGUGGUGGCUCUCUUUGUGGAGGUUAACAGUGUCACCCUGCAUUUGAGGCUAAUGCUGAAGCUAGCAUCACAGCAGUCGUCCCCUCUGUACCAAAUCAACAAGUUCCUCAACGUCUUCACAUAUGUCGUCUUCCGCCUCAGCGCACAGUUCUACCUCACGUAUUACAUCGUCCAGAACUACUCCUGGAUGGACAAAGGAGGCUACUUCCUCAUUACCAUGACCCUCAUGAACACCAUGAUCCUGAUCUACUUUUAUCGUCUUCUCCGUGCCGACUUCUUCCCCCGGAGCAGGCCUAGCAUGGCGCUAAAUGGCACCCGUAACAACAACAUCAAAAAGUUCCUCACUGAAUGACACCGAGAGCGACAUGGCUGUAAACUGGCGGUUGUGUUUGCCUUUUGUUUUGUUCGCUUACUGAUAUCAUUCCUCAUCAAGACAACUCAUCUGGUUGCAUUGUCAAGCUGUCUUCACAACAACAACCAUAACAGAGCUCUGUCUCUCAACAGCUCGUGUUGUAGUGAGAGGCAGCCAGGAAAGGAUGGGGACAGUGGUACAUUCCCUAUAGUGAUGCUUCUCUACUGAUGAUUAUGCCCACUGUGGCUAAAGAUCUCUCACAGACACCCAAACAGGGCAGCAUAGAGUUAGAGACUGGUCCAUUCACACUGGCUGGGAGAAUCCUACUAACUUACCUCCAGGAUACUGUGCCACUUUUGCUUCUGAUCAUGGCUAAUACAUUCUUAUAUUUUAAAUAAAUGUAUGUGAUUCAUGUGGAAUGCUCUUUAACAGAAAAAAAUACUUAUAUAUUUAACAUAAUUUUGUGAAUAAAUACAGUAGAGAAACAAACUGCCAAAGAUAUAUCGGGCAUCACCUUGGUGUUGUACAUCCCACCCUACAAACUCUGUCAGCUGUAGCUUAGCAACAUAGUUUUAUUGAAAUUUCCACUAAUAGGAUUUUGUUAUAUAUACAGUAUAUACUAUUCAUAACUAUAGUACAGUCAAUAUUUUUGACAUUGUAACAAACUUUCAAUCUUCCCUGCUUGGUCUCAACAGGUCAACACCAAUACGUGGUUGACCAGCAUUCUUACAACAGCGACCAUUCAUUCCAUAAAUCUAACAUAGUGAAAUGCAUGUAUCCCAUUGAAAGUAGCUGAAUAUACAGCCAGGUCUACAUUUUCUUGAGGUUACAAGAAUCACUUAUAUUUGUCUUUGAAUUAUUUAUCAAAGUGAACCAAACCAAAACAGACAGGUCCAGAGGAUGGGUUAGCAAUGGGUUUUGGUAAGUUCUAGUAGUGCCUAUACCACAGUUCCUUCUCAACAACCUUCCCUAGAUAGCCCGUACUGUAUGUUUAUAGAUGCAAUGUUGGAGAAGAUACCAAUUACUUCACAUUAGAAGAAGUUAAGGUGGAUUAAAGCUACCCUUAAGAAAAAUAUAGUUUAUGUAACUAAAGUUACUUUGAAAAAGUAGUACAUUUUUCAUGAAGUAGUUUAGAUUAAGUUAUGUAAAUUUGAAAUGCCAUAGACUCUACAAAUUGCAAGAACAGAUUAUCACUUUGGGGUCAUAUGGUAACAGAGUAAUUUAACAUAUCAAACGCAACAAUGUUUCAAGUGUGAAUGAGGCAGGUCUGAUGCUGAAAAAGAAAGAAAAUGAUUGCUGAAAAAGAAAGAAAAUGAUUGGUGAAGUAGGCAAUCUUAUAUUUUUGCAAAUAAAAGUAGUGUAUAGUUCCAGUAGAAGUCAGAAGUUUACACCUUUUUUCACCAUUUCUGACAUUUAAUCGUAGUAAAAAUUCCCUGUCUUAGGUCAGUUAGGAUCACCACUUUAUUUUAAGAAUGUGAAAUGUCAGAAUAAUAGUAGAGAGAAUGAUUUAUUUCAGCAUUUCUUUCUUUCAUCACAUCCCCAGUGGGUCAGAAGUUUACAUACACUCAAUUAGUAUUUGGUAGCAUUUCCUUUAAAUUGUUUAACUAGGGUCAAACGUUUCGGGUAGCUUUCCACAAGCUUCCCACAAUAAGUUGGGUGAAUUUUGUCCAAUUCCUCCUGACAGAGCUGGUGUAACUGAGUCAGGUUUGUAGGCCUCCUUGCUCGCAAACACUUUUUCAGUUCUGCCCACAAAUUGUCUAUAGGAUUGUGGUCAGGGCUUUGAGAUGGCCACUUCAAAACCUUGACUUUGUUGUCCUUAAGGCAUUUUCCCACAACUUUGGAAGUAUGCUUGGUGUCAUUGUCCAUUUGGAAGAACCAUUUGCGACCAAGCUUUAACUUUCUGACUGAUGUCUUGAUGUUGCUUCAAUAUAUUCACAUAAUUUGUUUUUCUCAUGAUGCCAUCUAUUUUGUGAAGUGCACCAGUCCCUCCUGCAGCAAAGCACCCCCACAACAUGAUGCUGCCACCCCGUGUUCUUCGGCUUGCAAGCCUCCCCCUUUUUCCUCCAAACAUAACGAUGGUCAUUAUGGCCAAACAGUUCUAUUUUUGUUUCAUCAGACCAGAGGACAUUUCUCCAAAACUAUGAUCGUUGUCCCCAUGUGCAGUUGCAAACCGUAGUCUGGCUUUUGUAUGGCGGUUUUGGAGCAGUGGCUUCUUCCUGGCUGAGCAGCCUUUCAGGUUAUGUCGAUAUAGGACUCAUUUUACUGUGGAUAUAGAUACUUUUGUACCGGUUUCCUCCAGCCUCUUCACAGGGUCCUUUGCUGUUGUUCUUUGAUUGAUUUCCACUUUUCGCACCAAAGUACAUUCAUCUCUAGGAGACAGAAAGCGUCUCCUUCCUGAGUGGUAUGAAGGCUGCGUGGUCCCAUGGUGUUUAUACUUGCGUACUAUUGUUUGUACAGAUGAACGUGGUACCUUCAGGCAUUUGGAAAUUGCUCACAAGAAUGAACCAGACUUGUGGAGGUAUACAAUUUUUCUAAGGUCUUGGAUGAUUUCUUUUGAUUUUGCUAUGAUGUCAAGCAAAGAGGCACUGAGUUUGAAGGUACACCUUGAAAUACAUCCACAGGUACACAUCCAAUUGACCCAAAUUAUGUCAAUUAGCCAAUCAGAAGCUUCUAAAGCCAUGACGUAAUUUUCUGGAAUUUUCCAAGCUGUUUAAAGGCACAGUCGACUUAGUGUAUGUAAACUUCUGACCCACUAAUUAUAAGUGAAAUAAUCUGUCUGUAAACAAUUGUCGAAAAAUUACUUGUCAUGCACAAAGGAGAUGUCCCAACCGACUUGCCAAAACUAUAGUUUGUUAACAAGAAAUGUGUGGCGUGGUUGAAAAAGCCAUUUGUUUGUUGAAUGCAACUUUAUGAUCUGUUAAACAAAUAAAGACAAUUUGUUAAGGAAGGAA